AUGUCUGUGAUGGUGCUCAUAGAGAAAGAACCCGAUGCGUCAGACAGGAUGGUUGAGUCGAUCAGCACCUCUUUGGGGUCUGCGGCCCCCCGUGCGCCCGCCGUGGGCCUGGCGGCCUGCGAUCGCAUGUCCAUCGACCGCGAGCUGUGCAUCGCGGUCUCGGGCCUCGCCCGUGCAAGCGACGUGGGCGAGCGCGCCCGCGCCCCGAAGUCGCCGGCCACGAGGUGCUGCAGCUCCCCCGCCCGAGGCGCCCCCCCCCUGAAGAUCUACCCCGUCGCGCGCGCGGGCGCCUUCGAGGCCGAGUGCCCCGCGCUGAAUAUCCGCGCCCGCGGGGGCGCCGACGCGACGGAGGGGCGGCUCGAACGCGGCGCCAGGAAGGGGGAGAAGGACAACGAGGACACCAUCGGUCUUGCCCAGAGCAUCCCGACCCGCGAGGACAUCAGGAAGCGCGCCGAGAAGAUCACCGAGAAGUCCAAGGGCCGCUGGGGCAGCAAGGCCACCAGAGAUGGCAUCGCCGUGAAAGGCGAGGGAGAGGGCGACGAUGAUGGCGGAGACGGAGGGGACUUGCUGCUCGGGCACUUGGCGAUCGAAGACGGCCGCGUUGACGAUGCAAUUAGCGGGAGGUCCGCCGCGACCGGGUCAGGCGGUCUUGAUCCGAUGGGCUCUGGAGUCAAGAUGCCCAUUGGCGCUGUUGGGUUCGGCUCCAUGGACCAGGCGCCCCACAAGAGGAGCCCUGCAUGCCGGGUCCGCGAGAUGCCCUUGGAGCUCGCCUUCGACGUGGAGAAGUUCGGCACAUCCGAGGCCAGCGCGAAGAUCUCCAAGAACAUGGGCGUGGUUCUUUUUGAGGCCCGCCUUGCCGUCAUAAUCAUCCGAGGCCUCCUGGCGAAAAUCGUCGCAGAUGGCACGGGCCUGGGCGUCUUCCACGACUGCGAAGAGUUGGAGAAGCAAUCGUUGCGCGCGACAGGGCCAUGGUUGCCUGUGCAUGUGCUCGGGCACGGUAUGUUCUCUCAGCAUGGGCAGCGCUGGAUGGGCCAAUGCAACCGCGUGAGGGACAUUGCGCAGAGCAUGGUCGACCACGGAGGCGCCGUCCAGAAGGCCUUGGUGAAAAUCCUCAACAUCAGGACCGCCCAGGGGUUGCCGAGCGACAGUUGCAUCGGUGAGUUGGCCUCGAUUGCCGAGCAGAUCCCGUAUUGGGAGUCGGUGGUCAACGCUACCGCGUUCGAGUUCCUCAUGGGGGGUGAGUCCGCGCCUGGGGUCGCCAUCUCGCUGCAGGACGCCCUCGACAGCGCGGAUUCGGAGGUCGACCCCCUGGCGGCGCAGAUCCAGGAGAGUUCCAAGGGGCUCAUGGACAAGAUCGCGAAGGAAAUUAUGAUUGACGGGGAGUUUGGCCAGAGCAGCACCUCGACCCACUACAAGGUCACUCAGGCGCCCCAGCGCGCCCAGCAGACGACAGUCAACGCCGGUGUCAUCGACGCGUUCGGCGAGGGUCUCUCCGCGAGAGCGAGCGAGAUCACCGGGAAGGCGCAGGGCGUGGCAGAGAAGCUGGACAGCGCCGUGGGAACUCACUUCAUUGCAGAGCUCACGACUGCUACGGCCGCGCUGGGGGCGGAGCUCGAGACCGACGAGUGGGCCAAGGCGUGGCUGGAUGAGGAGUCGUCUGCCGACUCCAUCGCUGAGCUGGUGGAGAUCGCUUCCCUUCUGUGCGCCGCCUCGCCGGCGCCGAGCUGGCCUCCGAAGCGCGACCGCCUGCGCGAGAGCCUCGCCUGCCCGACUCAGAGGGUUGCCGAAUUCAGCUUGGCGAUGGGCGACGGGGCCCAGGCAGCGGUCAAACCGCUCGUGGACAAGGCGCGGCCAUCGAGCAUCAGCCACGAGAUUCUCGGGCACUGCAGCGGCCCGCCCCUCUCGAGGGAUAGGGUGUUGUUCCGCAACAAGAUGCAGGCGAUCCAGUCGAAACUCACGGAUUGGAGCGUGCGCCCAGAGGACGCGCGCCGCGCCCUCGUCCAGCGCUACAGGGCGGGGCUCAUGAUGCAGCGCGCCACCGGCCACAGCACGCCGCUUACUCCAGCGACGAUGAACUCGCACCACGCCAGAGAGGUCGACCGCUUCGUCCCACUCAUGAUGAUCCGCACGGUCAAAGUGGACGUUGCCCUCUUGUUCUGCCUCGAGUCUCAGCUCGAAGCCUUCGACCGUGCGGUGCUGGCGCACAGCCUCGCGGUGGCCUCCGCUGGCCUCAAGGAUUUCGAGGGUCGGGAGUCCAGGGUUGCCAGGAUCUCCAGCAUCGACGCCAGUCGGUGCAAACCUGGUCAGAUCGAGGUGAUCCAGGAGCAGCUGUGGCAGCUGACGCUGCGCGGCGGCGUGGAGCUGGAAGAGCGGCUCGCCGCGUCGCGGAGGCUGGAACUCAACGCCUCGGCCGGCAGCGCGAGCGGGGCGCCGCCGCGCCUGCGGCGCCCCGCGAGCGCGCCAGCGCACCGCGCGGCACCAGAGCAGGCGGAUGGCCUUCGUGCCGCGAGCGGCUCGAGGCGCGGCAAGGCCUUUACGCUGCUGGCGGGCCUCGGGCACGGGUACCUGGGCGUGGACUUCGCCGGCAGGGCGCCUGGUCGCGUGACCGUGAGGUCGCUGGACACCUCGGGCGUUGCCUGGUGGGCCCAGGAGCACGGGCUCGAGAUAGGCGACGAGGUGCUUGCCGUCAACGGUCGCAGGGUGGCCGACAUCAAGGCGCAGGAGUUCGACACCAUCCUGCGCCGCAUCCGCCCGCUUCGCAUGCGCUUCUUCAGGCCGGGCGCAGAUGGCAGCACUCCGGAGCUGUUGCGGCGCCCCGCACGCGCUCCCGAGGCCGCCGGCGUCGACGCGGAGUCCUGGCAGCGCUGGCGGCGCAAGCCCAGCUGGAGGCCCAGCGGAGCCGCCGCCGCGCACUCCAAGGAUGCCCGCUCGGCAGCAGCUCCGGUGAGGCCUCUGGCCAGCGCGCAGGCCGAGCUGUAG